UGCUCGUAACAUAUAUUUUUUAAAUCAGUCGCUAAAUAACUAUCAUAUUUAAAGAGUAGCAGUGAAUCGUUCCAGUACUCAAUUUCCAGCGAUAAAUUUAGAAAAAACAGCGUUCCUAGUUUUUCAAUAAGCCAGAUUGAAGUUCCCGUCGAAAUGGAGAAUUUUCCUAAAGAAUCAAUUAAUGUAAUUGCCAGCUUGCCAGAGAUAAUUUCUAGAAUUAUGGCGUUCCUCCCCACCCCCGACUUGGAGUCCUGCUCUCUUGUCAACGCCACCUGGGAAGCGGAAGCUCUGACCCAUCUCCUCGCCCGAACCCCGGUUGACCUUAACCUCUUCGCUGCCAAGGAUUUCACCGACCUCGUCCCGUACACGACCCUGGCCCUGAAACACGUCAAAAUAUCAACUAUAUCCAAGUACUCCGAUGACAGAGCGAUUUUGCUUCCCAAAUUCGAUUUAUUAACCUCCCUGAAUUUCAAAUGUGUAACAAAGCUAGAAAUUGAUUUCUUAAGCCAUGACGAUUCCAGCCAGGUCGAAAGUCACGUGGUGAAACUGGCCGCAUCCUUGGUAAACUUAAGGUCACUACAAUUUGACCUUAGAUUGCUCUCCCAGGACAAAUAUUUAUCCUCGGAACGAGUCGAUUGGACUCAUUUGUUCCCCGAUAAUUUAACCUACCCGCCAAAACUUGCCAGUUUAACGUUUAAAAUGUGUAGUUGGGCCUUUCAAUAUUUUCGUGAAAGGGUGCAAACAAUUGUUUCUUUGAUUACGCGAAGCCUCACGGUUUUCGGGCACGUCAGAAAUCUGACACUGGUCGACAUGCCGGACUGGAUUAUGGAAGAGAGUGAUCUCCCCCUGGGUAAAAUUGAAUAUCUCACAAGAACCAUUUAUACGGAACGUUUCCCGCCAAAGCCGGUGAGAAACGGGGCAAUUUACGCGAACAUUACUCGGCUCGAGGUUAACCCGCAAAUUGGAGAUGGCGCUGGUGAUCUUCUACACGUUUUGGCCCAGCAGUUAGAAUAUCUCUGCAUCUCAUACGUUCCCGCUGUUCCGACGCAGAUUUAUCAUAGCAGAGAAACCUUGAGAAUUCCUAUCCUUCCAAAAUUGAAGGUUUUAAAGAUUUCGCGAGACCAAGGAGGGAUUUAUGCUAGACAUGGCGACUGGCAGCGCGACAUUUCCUUAAAAUUUGACACAGGUAGGGAUAACGUUGAGUUAGUUUAUGCCAAACAAUUUCCCAUACUGGAAAGGUUAAUUGUGCGGUUGGAGAUUCCCAUCACCGCCAAAACGUCGGAAUGGGCAAAGAAAUUCUGUGGUCGGGAGGAAACCCGGAUUUUUAUGGGAAAAACGUUUCUGGCGAAGGAUCUCGUACCCUGUGAGACUUUGAGAAGUUUGGACACUUGGUUUCCGUGUGAGGAGGAUUUAAAAAUGUGGAGGUGUGGGUGCGCCCAUGGAAAAGGGGUGUGUACCUGUGCAGAGUCCGAGUUUUAUGAAAGGAUUGCGACAACGUUUCCGAACUUGAGGUAUGACGUGAUCGAAAGGGGGAGGGAGAUUGAGAGGAUGAGGAAAUUAGAAAAUUAGGUAAAGUUCGGAAAUAUAAUGUGAGUUUCCACCUCUAUAUAUUUGUACGUAUUUCAGGGAGACAAAGAGCGCAAGGGGAUGAAAUAGGUUUAAAAUUUGCAAUGUAUACAAUUUCUAUAAAUAUUUCAAACAUUUACAAAUAUGCAUAAGUCCUAUAUUCGUAAAGACUUCGGGCAGACAAUGAACGUGGGAGACAGAAAAAUAAAUAUACAUGCAGAGAUUUCAAAUAUACAAUUUGACGAUAUUUAGAUUUGAAUUUUAACUUGACUUAUAAUUAUCUACGUUUAAUAGUUAGAUUAAUUAAUUCUCUAAUUAAUCAUUGCCAAAUUGUAACCGUUACGAUUACUACCAUACAUAAUCUUCGUGGUUAGGUGGACCCUCUUCAUUUGCAAAUUUUUCUUUGCAAAAAAAUAUUCUA